AAAAAUAUUAUAUGGUGUAUUUUAUAUUUAGCUCAUUUAUUGGAAUUGGCAGCAAAAACUGAGUAAUGCACUCAAGUUAUUUAUAUAAUUUACAAAAGUGUCCGCGCUCCUGUUACUACCUAUUAAAUUAUGGAAAUACUUUGAAGUAAAACAUUAAUUAAGAAGUUAAGUGAGUUUUGCUGCAUAACAUCUUUAUCAUGGAUAUGGAAAGUAAGAUUUUAUACGCUUUUAGAGGCUGGAUAGGUUUCGUAGCCUUUAUGGAUUUGGGAAUAACAGCCAAAAGCUUUAUCGAGAAACGAUCCUUCCUAACCAAGAAUUUGAUAGAUUACAAUGAUGAAGAGUAUACAACAUCCAGAAUUUUGGGCAUGUUUGCUCUAUUAAAAGCUUUAGUUUUGAUAUACAGCACGCUAUAUAUUCAUUACAAACCAGUAGUUGACCUGGGACGAUGGUCUUUAGCCGUUACAAUCCUAUUAUACUUUAGCGAAACAGUUUACUUUCAUGCCUCAUCAUUGAAUCCAACCGUUAUCUUUCCAUGUGUUUUGAAUAUAGUUACGUUAAUUGGAUUGUUCUACUUGCCAAAUAAAUUGGAUAUAUGGGGCUUACGAAAUGGAAACGAAGAAGAAAAUGCUCAAUUAUUGAAACAAGCUGGAGCUCUGAGAAGAGGCAGAAAACAUGCAAGAAAGUAUGACUGAAGCUUGAAACGAAUACUUUUUAUAUUGAAUCGAGAUUUUAUAGUAGAGUUAUUGUAACAUUUGAAAAAGUUAUAAGCUAACAUUGCCUUUAAUGCUGCACUGACUAAUUAAUUAGCUUCACAAAUUCAAUAAAACUCAUGCCUACACAGCUGUUCAGAUAAUUGCUUGACACCUAUUAUAUUUAGAUAAAAAUAUUUUAUUAUAAAAGCAUAUGAAUUGGAGAUGAUAAAUAAAGAUUUGUUUUAGUUGCA